AUGAAUCAGAAAUUCGGGGGAGGGAGGCUGCCCACCGGCACUCCUUCGUUGGCUUGGUCGUCCGUCGUUGUUGUCGUUUCGCUUCUCGCUGGGGCCUCCGUUGUCCACAAUCUCUACAAGCCAGAUCUCGCGCUUAUAAAUCCUAUGCAAUUUGUGCAGACGUUGCCUCCUGUGGAUGGUGUAAACGGGAGCAAGGAGGGGAAGCAACCUGAGAAAGAAUGA